AUGGCAAUUGGCGGCAUGGCUGUUGAUGGACAAGUUAGCGAUAACCACUUUAAUAGGAAGAUAACAUUUGAGGUUGUCAUCAAUAGCAUUGUUGCUGCAUCAGGCGGCCUCAUUUUCGGAUUUGACAUUGGAAUUUCAGGUGGAGUGACAAUAAUGAAGCCAUUUCUUGAAAAAUUCUUCCCAUCAAUACUGAAGAAGGCAUCAUUUGUUGGUGCUGAAGAUAACGUGUAUUGUGUAUACGACAGUAAGGUUUUAACAGCCUUCAUUUCAUCACUCUACAUAGCUGGCUUGGUUGCGUCUCUCAUAGCUGGUCGUCUCACGGUAGCCAUAGGACGAAGAAAUAUAAUGGUAGUAGGAGGCUGCACUUUCUUUGCUGGUGCUCUUAUCAAUGGAGCUGCUCAAAACAUUUCUAUGCUCAUCUUGGGUCGCAUUUUGCUAGCCUUUGGUGUCGCCUUUACUAACCAGGCUACUCCUGUAUACCUGUCAGAAGUGGCACCUUCAAAAUGGCGUGGUGCAUUCAGCACAGCCUUCCAAUUCUUUAUAGGCCUUGGUGUUGUUACUGCAAAUUGCACAAACUAUGGCACCUCGAAGCUUAGCUGGGGAUGGCGCCUUUCCCUCGGCGUAGCCAUAGUUCCGGCCGCAAUAAUGACCAUAGGUGUAUUUCUCAUUUCCAACACACCUAGCAGCCUAGUUGAGCGAGGAAAAUUGGAGUAGCCAAAGAAAUUGCUGGCAAAAGUUUGUGGAACCACUAGCAACACCGAAAGCGAAGCAAAAUUAGCUGAUCUUAUUAAGUCUUGUUAAAUUGCAAGAGCCUCAAAGGAAGAGCCUUUUGUGACAAGCUUUAAGAGACAACAUCGGCCUCACUUGGUCAUGUCCAAUGCCAUACCAUUUUUCCAGCAAAUGAGUGGUAUUAAUAUCAUUGCAUUCUAUGCACCUGUGCUUUUUCGAUCAGUAGGUUCAGGAAAUAACUCGGCUCUACUUAGUGUUAUGUUUCUUGGAGUAGUCAAUCUUGGUUCAAUCCUUGUGUCUACUGGUAUUGUUGAUCGGUUUGGUAGGAGAUUUCUCUUCAUACAGAGCGGAGUACAAAUGCUCAUCUGCCAGGUAGCAAUUUCUUCUACACUGGCAGCUUCAAUAGGUGAAAAUGGAAGCAAACACAUUAGCAAGCAAUAUGCCGCCUUAGUACUUGCCCUGAUGUGUAUAUAUGCUGCUGGUUUUGGUUGGUCAUGGGGUCCUCUAAGUUGGCUCAUUCCAAGCAAAAUAUUUCCGAUGAACAUUCGAUCAACUGGGCUGAGCAGGUGUUCACCCCGGGGGCUGAGCAUAAGUGUGGCCGCGAACUUUGCCACCACAUUUGUGCUGUCUCAAACGUUCUUGGCCAUGCUUUGCCACUUCAAGUAUGGGGCUUUCUUGUUCUUUGUUGGUUGGAUUGCUGUUAUGACCAUUUUUAUUUUGAUGUUCAUGCCUGAGACUAAAGGUGUUGCUUUGAAUUCCACGCAUCAAGUGUGGGGAAACCACUGGUUUUGGGGUAGAUAUGUCAAAAGAUCAACCCUAGUGCCACAGCAAAGAAGUUGA